AUUAACUCCCCUAAAAAAAGAUGUCAGUUUCCUUCUGAACUGAAAGCCAAACAAGCGUUGUUGUUCGGCGCCAGAAAUUGAAGCAUUAUUUGGUUUUUGUCUGGGAAAAGAAAAAUAACAAACCACAUACAAUGGAGACAAUGGAAGUGGCCGUCAACAACCACGUCACCAAGGAAGAAAAAAUGGAAGACAUCCCUGCAGACGAAAUGACUUCAAGGGACUACUAUUUCGACUCAUACGCUCAUUUCGGUAUACACGAGGAAAUGUUAAAAGAUGAAGUAAGGACUCUUACAUACAGAAACUCCAUGUACCACAAUAAACAUUUGUUUGCGGGUAAAGUGGUCAUGGACAUUGGCUGCGGUACAGGCAUUUUGAGUAUGUUUGCAGCCAAAGCUGGUGCUAAAAAAGUGCUAGCAGUGGAAUGCUCGAACAUAGUGGACUAUGCCAGGCAAAUCGUCGAGACUAACAAGUUGGACCACAUAAUAACCAUCAUCAAAGGCAAAGUGGAGGAAAUCAGUCUGCCUGAAGGCAUUGACGGUGUGGAUAUAAUAAUUUCAGAGUGGAUGGGCUACUGCCUGUUCUAUGAAAGCAUGUUAGAUACUGUACUCUUCGCCAGGGACAAGUGGUUGAAACCUGACGGCCUCUUGUUUCCCGACCGGUGUUCUCUGUUCGUAACUGCUAUCGAAGACCGCCAGUACAAGGACGAAAAGAUUAAUUGGUGGGACGACGUGUACGGCUUCGAUAUGAGCUCGAUUCGUAAAGUGGCCAUCAGUGAGCCUCUCGUGGACGUAGUCGACCCUAAGCAGGUCGUAACGGGUCCAGCUCUGAUCAAGGAAGUGGAUCUGUACACAGUGAAGAAGGAAGAUUUGGAGUUCACCUCUCCUUUCACUCUCACCGUGAGGCGUAACGACUAUAUCCAAGCUCUGGUGACGUAUUUCACUGUAGAGUUUACCAAGUGUCACAAGCGGAUUGGAUUCAGCACGGCUCCGGACGCAAAUUACACCCACUGGAAGCAGACUGUGUUUUAUUUCGAAGACUACAUGACUGUGAAGAAAAACGAAGAAAUCAAUGGUGUGUUCACCAUGAAGCCGAACCCUCGUAACAAUAGAGAUUUAGAUUUUGUGAUCGAACUGAACUUCAAAGGUGAAUUAGCUGAAGUACACGAAACCAAUAGAUACCGUAUGCGUUAGGAACUGAACAUUGUGCUUCGUGCUUAGGAUUUUCUUGGCGUCGGUUUUUUUACUUGUUUCCUCAACCGUAAAGCUAGUCGGAAUUUUCGUUGACAUCGGAAUAGGAAACUGAGAUGGCUCAUAUUGUUCAAUUUAAUAUUUUGAUGAGUGUAAAAUUAUAAUAUCGCUCUAGGAUUUCUGUUAGGACUUUGAACAUGUUGAUUUAUCUCCAAGUAGAGAAUAGGAUAAAAAUGUAAAGUUUUCAGUUGGAAUUUUGAUGAUCUGUGAAAUAUUUUUUUAUUUUUACCUGUAAGAUCAAAAUAUUUAAUCCAAUAAUAUUCAAUAAAUUUUUAAAUAA